AUCUCUUAUUAAGUUUUUUCAGAUGGUCUUAUUAGAUGCUGAUCAGUUAAGAUUUAAAAACUUUCCUACUAGCUUAGAUAUGGCGAGAAAAUUGUUGGGAAUUAACAUGCAUACAAAAGAAUAUGGUGUAUGUCCGAGUUGUGAUAUUUUAUAUGAGGUUUCAGAAGUUAUAAAUAAGCAAGAUAAAGAUUUUGAAUGCACACAUGUAGAGUUUCCUAGUCAUCCAAUGCAUAGCCAAAAAAAGCUAUGUGGUGUUGAAUUGACUAAACAGA